CAGGGCGGGGCGAUACUCGGAACCGGCCUGUCGCAAACACCCGCCUCCGCCCUGGCCGGUCCCAGGGCCUCCACACUGUGCACUGUCUGCAUUGCCAACCUAGGACCUCUGAGGAACUAGGUGGUGCUAGUCCUCGCUCUUGAAACCUUUGUAACUGUUAAGGCUGAAGUGCCAUUUAAAGAAAAAAGAAGGCAAAGAAAUGAGCUACGAGAGCCAUGGGCAGCCCAAUGGAUCCCAUGGUGAUGAAGAGGCCUCAGUUGUAUGGGAUGGGCAGUAACCCUCAUUCUCAGCCUCAGCAGAGCAGCCCAUACCCUGGAGGUUCCUACGGCCCCCCAGGCCCACAGCGGUAUCCUAUCGGCAUCCAAGGGCGGACCCCAGGGGCCAUGGGAGGAAUGCAGUACCCACAGCAGCAGAUGCCGCCUCAGUAUGGACAGCAAGGUGUGAGUGGUUACUGCCAGCAGGGCCAGCAGCCAUAUUACAACCAGCAGCCGCAGCCUCCGCACCUGCCUCCGCAGGCGCAGUACCUGCCAUCCCAGUCUCAGCAGCGGUACCAGCCGCAGCAGGACAUGUCUCAGGAAGGCUAUGGAACUAGGUCUCAACCUCCUCUGGCUCCUGGGAAACCUAACCAUGAAGACUUGAACCUGAUUCAACAAGAACGACCAUCAAGUUUACCAGACCUGUCAGGCUCCAUUGACGACCUCCCCACGGGAACGGAAGCAACCCUGAGCUCUGCAGUCAGUGCAUCGGGCUCCACGAGCAGCCAAGGGGAUCAGAGCAACCCGGCCCAGUCGCCUUUCUCUCCACACGCAUCCCCCCAUCUCUCCAGCAUCCCCGGGGGCCCAUCGCCUUCUCCCGUGGGCUCGCCUGUAGGAAGCAACCAGUCACGAUCAGGCCCAAUUUCUCCUGCAAGUAUUCCAGGCAGUCAGAUGCCCCCCCAGCCACCUGGGAGCCAGUCAGAAUCCAGUUCCCAUCCUGCCCUGAGCCAGUCACCAAUGCCACAGGAAAGAGGUUUCAUGGCAGGCACACAAAGAAACCCCCAGAUGUCUCAGUAUGGACCUCAGCAGACAGGCCCAUCCAUGUCUCCUCACCCCUCUCCUGGGGGCCAGAUGCAUCCUGGGAUCAGCAGCUUUCAGCAGAGCAACUCGAGUGGGACGUAUGGUCCACAGAUGAGCCAGUAUGGACCACAAGGUAACUACUCCAGACCCCCAACGUAUAGUGGGGUGCCCAGUGCAAGCUACAGUGGCCCGGGGCCUGGUGUGGGCAUCAAUGCCAACAACCAGAUGCACGGGCCAGGGCCAGGCCAGCCGUGUGGUGCUAUGCCCCUGGGACGAAUGCCAUCAGCCGGGAUGCAGAACAGACCGUUUCCUGGAAACAUGAGCAGCAUGACCCCCAGCUCUCCUGGCAUGUCUCAGCAGGGCGGGCCAGGAAUGGGGCCGCCAAUGCCAACCGUGAACCGUAAGGCACAGGAGGCAGCCGCCGCAGUGAUGCAGGCCGCUGCCAACUCAGCACAAAGCAGGCCACCAUACAUUAGGUCGCCUGCUUAUCCCAGCCAGUCUGGGGCUGGCGGACGCCCCCUGUUUUCUUCCCAGCACCCCAACUAUGGCAACUCUCAGGCUCCCAUGAUGCACCAGCCUGACCAGUACGGGCAAGGCAGCUUCCCGGGCAUGAACCAGAGCGGACUCAUGGCUUCCAGCUCUCCCUACAGCCAGCCCAUGAACAACAGCUCGGGGCUGAUGAACACGCAGGCGCCGCCCUACAGCAUGACGCCCAACAUGGUGAACAGCUCCACAGCAUCUAUGGGUCUUGCAGAUAUGAUGUCUCCUGGUGAAUCCAAGCUGCCCCUGCCUCUCAAAGCCGACGGGAAGGAAGAAGGCACUCCGCAGCCCGAGAGCAAGGCGAAGGAUAGCUACAGCUCUCAGGGUAUUUCUCAGCCCCCCACCCCCGGCAACCUGCCAGUCCCCUCCCCAAUGUCCCCCAGCUCUGCUAGCAUCUCCUCAUUUCAUGGAGAUGAGAGCGAUAGCAUUAGCAGCCCGGGCUGGCCCAAGACUCCAUCAAGCCCUAAGUCCAGCUCAUCCACCACCACUGGGGAGAAGAUUACAAAGGUGUAUGAGCUGGGGAGCGAGCCAGAGAGGAAGCUGUGGGUCGACCGCUACCUGACCUUCAUGGAGGAGAGAGGCUCCCCUGUCUCCAGCCUGCCCGCCGUGGGCAAGAAGCCGCUGGACCUGUUCCGGCUCUAUGUCUGCGUCAAAGAGAUCGGAGGUUUGGCCCAGGUUAAUAAAAACAAGAAGUGGCGUGAGCUGGCAACCAACCUAAAUGUUGGCACUUCGAGCAGUGCAGCGAGCUCCCUGAAAAAGCAGUACAUCCAGUACCUGUUUGCCUUUGAGUGCAAGAUCGAGCGCGGGGAGGAGCCGCCGCCAGAAGUCUUCAGCACCGGGGAGACCAAGAAGCAGCCCAAGCUGCAGCCGCCAUCUCCUGCUAAUUCAGGAUCCUUGCAAGGUCCACAGACCCCCCAAUCAACUGGCAGUAAUUCGAUGGCAGAAGUUCCAGGUGACCUGAAGCCACCUACUCCGGCCUCCACCCCUCAUGGACAGAUGACCCCAAUGCAAGGUGGAAGAAGCAGUACAGUCAGUGUGCACGACCCAUUCUCAGACGCGGGCGACUCAUCGUUCCCAAAACGGAACUCCAUGACUCCGAGCACCCCGUACCAGCAGGGCAUGAGCAUGCCUGACGUGAUGGGCAGGGUGCCCUAUGAGCCCAACAAGGACCCCUUUGGCGGAAUGAGAAAAGUGCCUGGAGGCAGCGAGCCCUUCAUGUCGCAGGGCCCGAUGCCCACGAGCAGCAUGCAGGACAUGUACAACCAGAGUCCCUCCGGGGCCAUGUCCGGCCUGGGCAUGGGGCAGCGGCAGCAGUUCCCCUACGGAGCCACCUACGACCGGAGGCAUGAACCCUACGGGCAGCAGUACCCGGGCCAAGGCCCACCCUCAGGACAGCCGCCGUAUGGAGGACACCAGCCGGGCCUGUACCCGCAGCAGCCGAACUACAAGCGCCACAUGGACGGCAUGUACGGUCCUCCCGCCAAGCGCCACGAGGGGGACAUGUACAACGUGCAGUUCGGCAGCCAGCAGCCCGAGAUGUACAACCAGUACGGCAGCUCCUACUCCGGGCCUGAGCGCCGGCCCCUGCAGGGCCAGUACGCCUACCCCUACGGCAGAGAGAGAGUGCAGGGCCCGGGGCAGAUGCCCCCGCACGGCCUCCCCCCGCAAAUGAUGGGCGGCCCCCUGCAGCCCGCCUCCGGGGAAGGGCCACAGCAGAGCCUGUGGGCGGCUCGGAAUGAUAUGCCUUACCCCUACCAGGGCAGGCAGGGCCCCGGCGGCCCCGCCCAGGCCCCUCCCUACCCAGGCAUGAGCCGCACGGAUGACAUGAUGGUCCCUGAUCAGAGGAUAAAUCACGAGAGCCAGUGGCCUUCUCACGUCAGCCAGCGUCAGCCUUACAUGUCCUCGUCGGCCUCCAUGCAGCCCAUCACGCGCCCGCCUCAGUCGUCCUACCAGACGCCGCCGUCACUGCCAAACCACAUCUCCCGAGCGCCCAGCCCCGCCGCCUUCCCGCGCGCCCUGGAGAGCCGCAUGUCCCCCAGCAAGUCCCCCUUCCUGCCCUCCAUGAAGAUGCAGAAGGUCAUGCCCACCGUCCCCGCGCCCCAGGUCACGGGGCCGCCCCCCCAGCCGCCCCCGAUCAGAAGGGAGAUCACCUUCCCUCCUGGCUCCGUGGAGGCGUCCCAGCCGGUCUUGAAACAGAGGCGGAAGAUUACCUCGAAGGACAUCGUUACCCCGGAGGCCUGGCGUGUGAUGAUGUCCCUGAAGUCAGGUCUCUUGGCUGAAAGUACUUGGGCUUUGGACACUAUAAACAUCCUCCUGUAUGAUGACAGCACUGUCGCUACGUUCAAUCUCUCCCAGUUGUCCGGAUUUCUGGAACUUUUAGUCGAGUACUUUAGGAAAUGCCUGAUUGACAUUUUUGGAAUUCUUAUGGAAUAUGAAGUGGGAGACCCCAGCCAAAAAGCACUUGACCAUAACGCAGUGAAGAAAGAUGAGGGCCAGGCCUGGGCCGACGAGUGUGGGCGGGAGGAGGACGCUGCGGAAUGCAUGGAGGACGAGGAGGACGACGAGGAGGAGGAGGCAGAGGAGGAAGACGGUGCAAAGGCCGAGGCCGAGGAGAAGGGCAGCGCGGCCUUGAGCCCCUCCGACGCCGCGGCCGAGCCAAAGGAGAAGCCCAGGCAAGCCAGCAAGUUCGACAAGCUGCCCAUCAAGAUCGUCAAAAAGAACAACCUGUUCGUGGUCGACCGCUCCGACCGGCUGGGCCGCGUGCAGGAGUUCAGCAGCGGGCUCCUGCACUGGCAGCUGGGCGGCGGGGACACCACGGAGCACAUCCAGACGCACUUCGAGAGCAAGAUGGAGAUCCCUCCGCGCAGGCGGCCUCCGCCCGCUCCGAGCGCCGCGGGCCCCAAGAAGGAGCUGGAGGGAAAGGGGGAGCUGGAGGAGCAGCCAGAGAAAAGCAUCAUCGCAACCAUCGACGACGUCCUGUCUGCGCGGCCGGGGGCGCUGCCGGAGGACGCCAACCCCGGGGCCCAGCCGGACAGCGGCAAGUUCCCCUUCGGCAUCCACCAGGCCCGGAGCCACCGCAACAUCAAGCUGCUGGAGGACGAGCCGCGCAGCCGCGACGAGACGCCGCUCUGCACCGUGGCGCACUGGCAGGACUCCCUGGCCAAGCGCUGCAUCUGCGUGUCCAACAUCGUCCGCAGCCUGUCCUUCGUGCCUGGCAACGACGCCGAGAUGUCCAAACACCCGGGCCUGGUGCUGAUCCUGGGGAAGCUCAUCCUCCUGCACCACGAGCACCCGGAGCGGAAGCGGGCGCCGCAGACCUACGAGAAGGAGGAGGACGAGGACAAGGGGGUGGCCUGCAGCAAAGACGAGUGGUGGUGGGACUGCCUCGAGGUCUUACGGGAUAACACGCUGGUCACGUUGGCCAACAUUUCCGGGCAGCUGGACUUGUCUGCGUACACGGAGAGCAUCUGCUUGCCGAUCCUGGACGGCUUGCUGCACUGGAUGGUGUGCCCCUCCGCGGAGGCGCAAGACCCCUUCCCCACGGUGGGACCCAACUCCGUGCUGUCGCCGCAGAGACUCGUGCUGGAGACGCUCUGUAAACUCAGCAUCCAGGACAAUAACGUGGACCUGAUCCUGGCCACGCCUCCGUUUAGCCGGCAGGAGAAAUUCUAUGCGACGUUAGUUAGGUACGUGGGCGACCGCAAAAACCCGGUCUGUCGAGAAAUGUCCAUGGCGCUCUUAUCGAACCUGGCCCAAGGGGACACGCUGGCCGCGAGGGCAAUAGCUGUGCAGAAGGGAAGCAUCGGGAACUUGAUAAGCUUCCUGGAGGAUGGGGUGACGAUGGCCCAGUACCAGCAGAGCCAGCACAGCCUCAUGCACAUGCAGCCCCCGCCGCUGGAGCCCCCCAGCGUGGACAUGAUGUGCCGCGCGGCCAAGGCGCUGCUGGCCAUGGCCCGCGUGGACGAGAACCGCUCCGAGUUCCUGCUGCACGAGGGCCGGCUGCUGGACAUCUCCAUCUCGGCCGUGCUGAACUCGCUGGUGGCGUCCGUCAUCUGUGACGUUCUGUUUCAGAUCGGGCAGUUAUGACCCCGGUGAGGAGGCCGCACGUGUGAGUGACGACUGAGGCUCCCGUACACCCGGCUGUUUUCUGUUCUGUUUCUCCAGCGUAGGAAGAAGGAAAAGAAAACGUGUGCUCCUCUGCCCCGUUCAUAUUUACCGAUUGGGAAUUAAAGAGAUAAUUAAUUCGAACAGUUAUGAAAUUAAUAUUUGCUGUCUGUGUGUAUAAGUACAUCUGUUGGGUUUUUUUAUUUUUUUUUUUAACCAAAGUUGCUGUCCAGUGUAUUCAGAGGUCACUUUUUGUUUUUCACAGAUUUUCUUUUUGAUGUUCUUUCUUUUCCAUGUUGUAUUGCAUUUUUUGGGAAGCAAAUUGACUUUAAAGAAAAAAGUUGUGGCAAAAGAUGCUAAGAUGGGAAAAUUUCACCACACUGAGGCAAAAAGGUGAAAACCCAUCCCUAUCCCAGGCGUGUUAUCCUUCAGAUAAUGAAAUAAAGCUGUCCCAUCGCCCAAAGCUCUGUGCAAUAGAAACUGCUAGAGGGUAGGUCUCGGGGCUCAAGGAGGUGUGUCAGUCAGUAGUCAGACUAGCGAACGAUACUGGUUUCUCCACAGGAAAAUGGUUACCUUAGGCUAGGAGCAAUACGAAUGGGGUGUUUUUAAGUUAAGGUUGAAAAUACGUACCUGACAACGAUCAACGGAAAUUGCUUCCUCACCACUACGUCAUGUCUGCUGUCUGUCUUUGACCUUCCACAUGACAGUUCUUCACAAUUCCUUUAAUCAUUUUUUAAAUAUUUUUUUUACUGCCUAUGGGCUGUGAUGUAUAUAGAAGUUGUACAUUAAACAUACCCUCAUUUUUUUUUCUUUUUUUUCUUUUUUUUUUUUUUUUAGUACAAAGUUUUUAGUUUCUUUUUCAUGAUGUGGUAACUACAAAGUGAUGGUAGAUUUUAAAUAAUUUUUAUUUUUAUUUUAUAUAUUUUUUCAUUAGGGCCAUAUCUCCAAAAAAAAAAAGAAAAAAUACAAAAACAAAAACAAAAAAAAAGAGGGUAAUGUACAAGUUUCUGUAUGUAUAAAGUCAUGCUCUAUUUCGGGAGCGCAGCUGAUCACCAUUUGCUUCAUGAAUCAAGGUGUGGAAAUGGUUGCGUACGGAUUGAUUUAGAAAAUGGUCACCAGUACAGACAAAAAAGAGAAAAAUACAACUAAAAGGAAGAAAUACAACUUCAAAGAUUUUUCAGUGACGAGAAUCCACAUUUGUAUUUCAAGAUAAUGUAGUUUAAAAAAAAAAAGAAAAAAAUCUUGAUGUAAAUUCCUCCUUUUCCUCUGGCUUAAUGAAUAUCAUUUAUUCAGUAUAAAAUCUUUAUAUGUUCCACAUGUUAAGAAUAAAUGUACAUUAAAUCUUGUUAAGCACUGUGAUGGGUGUUCUUGAAUACUGUUCUAGUUUCCUUCAAGUGGUUUCCUAGUAACCCAGUCAUUUAUAAGAUAUAGGGGAAUACAGCCGUGUACUAACCAAGUCACUCGUCACCAAACCGUGAGGUCGGAAGGGACCCUUAGGGGUUACCGACUAGAGUGGGGAGCAACAGUUUGACUUUCUCAAAUUAUUUAGCUGAUUAGCCUUUGUUUGAAGCAAUCAACUCUAACGCCAUGGAGGUCUGAGACUUUUCAGUGUACAUGGGAGGUGGCUGCUGGCCCGUGAGGCGAGGCCUCGAGAGCUCUCCGGCCUGAGUGAAACUGCCUUUGACUAACCCGUCUUAAUUUUAACCAGAGUUCAAUCUAGUCCGUGUUUUUUUCUGUGUGCCUCGGAGUUAUUUUGCAUUUAGUUUACUCCACCGUGUAUAAUAUUUAUAUUGUGCAAUGUUAAAAAGAAUAUGUUCUAUUGUAUGUGGUGUACAUAGUGCAAAGUGAUUAUUUCUAUUUCAGGGCAUAUUAAUAUUCUCAUAUUCCUUCCUACCUGGUGCACAGUAGCUUUUUAAUACCAGUCGUUUCUAAUUUAAACGUUUCCUUCCUGGGUCAUUGACUGUUACUGUGUCGCAAUCACCCUCUGAAACUGCUGCAGGAUGAAGCUGUCAGUGGGCACCCUCUUAAGUCUACCUCUUCACACACCCUCCCGGCACCGCAUACCAAACUCCGAGUCCUCCGCCAGGCCUGUGGUCCAGGCGCCCGUUACUCAUGGUCACCCUGGGAAGAGUUAGGCAAGAGCUCGCAGUUCUAAUCCGAGCGAGCCGUGACUCUGAGUGUCACAAGAAAAAUUUUCCUGCAAGCAGCCUCAUCCAUCAGCGCCCACAUCACUUAGUCUUCUUACAUAGCAAUCAGCCAAAUGUGUGGUGAAUUAAAAACCCAUUUAUAAUCUACUUGAAAUACAUCUGCUUGCUAAGAACAGAUCUUAGAGCUCCAAGCUUCAAAUACAGAGAUUUGUAAGAGGGGAUUCAAUAUUAUUAGAACUUCUCUCUUACAGAGUAUGAAUAAAAGGUGUAUACAAACCUCGAAGUCUAGUAUCCCAAUCAUUUGUCCAUCAAAAGAGUAAAAUCGUUACAGAAGACUGUUGUUGUCAUGGUUGAGUUGUACUCAGUACCUAGAGUCCGACCACUGAACGACACGUGUCUGCGCACUGACAUGACCGUGGCCUCUAGAGUAAUCCAGGAAGACUAGCAUCCUUCCUACAUUCUCGCCCCAGGUUCAAGACGACCAGCCCAUGGAGGACUCAGCCCGCCUGAGGUCAUCUUGCCUACAAACUGAGUUACUCUUUGUCCUAAAAAGUAGUUGUUGUUCUUUUCCUAUGAGGCUUUUCAGAAAUUCACAGGAUGCCCAUACUUUAAAUGUGUACAAAAAAAAAAAAAAAGAUGAAAAUAAAGGGGCAAAGAAAGUUUA